AGCAGCAGCACAGCAGGGAAAGCAAUGCACUAGUGUGGCAAUUCGCCAAAACAGAGAGAGCGGUACAGGAUCCAGGUGCGUCGUCUUGGAUGGACGGCUAGCUUGGUUCGGGAGGGAGAGAGCGAGGCAACGACAAGGGGAUAGAUAGGUGGUCGACGGUCUGCUAAUUACCGACGCGAAAAAUUUUCCUUUCGUCUGCACAAACGGAAAGGAGACCGGCAGGAGAGACGAACGAAGAAGGCAGGCAACAGACACACCCACAACGCGAACAACAGGGAGCUCAGGAAUGAGCAGCUCUCUGGCUGAUGCGUCCUUUCUGGGCAGCACGCAGAACGGCGAUGCCAUAGGCUCGGGAGACAACGCGCUCAGCUUCAAUGACAGCGACUUUUACCUGAACAUGGACGAUGUCGACAUCGGUCCCCAGAUUGGGCAGGGGGCCUUUUCCAAGGUCUACUUGGGACGUUACUUCGGGGAGCUGGUGGCGGUGAAGAAGCAGGCGAGACGAGAGGCGGACCUGGAGGCGUACCUGAUGCGGGAGCUUGCCGUCCUGAAGCACUUCCAGCACGAGAACCUCCUUCAGUACGUCGGGGCCUCCAACGCCGCUUCGGCCGAGCCGGGCGGAACGGGGCACGUUUUCAUCGUGACAGAGCUGGCGUGCGGGGGCGACCUUCUGGCGCUGCUUUUGUCAGAGAAACAGGUCGGCUGGAAGCUCCGCGUGUCCAUUCUCAUGGACGCGGCCCGUGCUCUGGACUUCCUGCACCGGAAAAGCCUUAUCCAUCGCGACAUCAAGAGCCCCAACAUACUGCUGGACUCGCGGCACCGGUGCAAGCUAGCCGACUUCGGGAUGGCGAGGCAGCUGGGGGCCAACAUGACGGUGGUAGGAACAGAUGCCUACAUGGCACCGGAGCUGAUGUUCGACAAUCCGUACGGGACCUCCGCGGACAUGUUUAGCUUCGGCAUCGUCUUGUGGGAGACUAUCUACCGGCAGAAGGCAGGGACGGACGACUUCAUCGAGAGGCGCAUGUCCGACCAAUUCGAGGUGGACGUGCAGGCCCUGCAGGAAGAUGCACCCCCGGACACUAGCGCCUCCCUCGUAGCCCUCGCGGCCCAGCUGGUGGAGACCGAGCCGGGACAGCGACCGACUGCGGAGGACACUCUGCUGUGGCUGGAGGACCUCACCGACUCUCUGCCGGAGGACGAGGGGGAGCCGUGGUCGCCGAUAGACUACGAGAGCCUCUUCCCCCUCGAGAUGGGCGAACGAGAGUGCCAGAGGCUGGCGCACGUGAGGAAUAUGUCGGCGAGGGCCAAGAAGGCGGCGGCCGGGGGAAGCAGGGGUGGCGGAACCUCGUCCUCCACCCUCGGAGCCGGGUCUACUCUAGAGGGCAGCAGCCCCAGCAUCGGGGGGGACAGCGUGGGCGGCGUCAGCCCAUUAGGGCUACCGCCUGGCCUCCCGCCGGACUCUCUGUCCAACGCUAGAAGGGCUACGAUGGGGGCAGGGAUGACGAGCCGGGACGCUGGGGGCGGGGGGGCGGCGGCGGCGGCGGCGGGAGACGGGUUCAAGCGACCCACGUUGUUGCAGGGGAGGGUCAAGGUCGACGCGAGCCCGGCAGUGGCGGCGGGGGCAGCGGCGGGGGCAGCGGCGGGGGCUGCCGACAGCGGCGGUGGCGGCGGGGGGAGGGUGGACAGCGUCGGCCGCGGCGGCGGGGGCGGGGGCGGGCUAGGGUCGCCCCGGGUGUCCGGCGGGGACCUGCAGAGGAUGAGCUCGUCUGCGUCGUUCAACUCGGGGCGCUCGGGGUCGGCGACGUUUUCGUCGGGGGGAGGGGUCGGCACGACCGGCGGCGUGAGAGCGAUAGGCGCCAGCCACGCGCCCAUCACGCGGCAGGGGUACCUGUACAAGAAGGGGAAGAGCGGCCUCAAGAAUUGGCAGAAGAGAUGGUUCGUCCUGGAAGGGUCGAAGCUCAUCUGGUACCGGGACAGCAAGGCUUAUCCGCGCGAUCCGAGAGGCUUCCUCGAGCUCAAGGGUUGCUUUCUCGUCAAGGGGUCUUCGCAGAGGUGGAAGAUUUUGUCCGCGGACGCUUCGGCGGAACAAGAUGAUUACAACCGAGAGAUAGGGGCGAAAACCGCAAAGGAGAUGGAGAGCUGGUUCAAGAGCCUCCAAGAGGCAAUCGACUGCGCCGACACGGGAGAGGGCCCUGCCGGAGUGACCCUGCCGUCGCUAGACUCGGGGGAGCAGGAGUUGGAUCACCUCCUGUACCACGGGACGAAGGCGGCAUACCGAACAGACAUGUCUGUGGAGGCGUGGCUGGACUCCCGGGGUCUGGGUUCCUUGGCAGAGGCGUUCCUCGCCGCGGGGUAUCAGGAUUUCCUUGUUAUUCAGGAGAUGGGCCUGACGGACGUGGACCUCGCCUACAUAGGCGUGAAGAACCCGGCGCAUCGAAAGGCCCUCAAGAUGGCGGCCGGGGGAUUCGUGGAGCUCAUGCUCCAGGUCGAGAUCAGCGGAUACUUCAACUUCAACUCGGAGUUGGUGUACCGGGUGGACAGCAAGUGGCGAUAUCUUCGAGCGUCCACGUUCUUCGAGUUCUCCGACUUCGAAGACCUUCGCCGACGGCUGAAGAUGGCUAUGAGGGACACCAAGUUCCACAAGAUGAUGCCGCCCUUGCCCGCCCGUCCGAACAGCAAGAAGAUCGGCAGCGACCACGCGGGACAGAUGGCGAGGCUGCAGCAGGAGCUCAACAGCUACAUGCAGAAGCUGGUGAUGCUCGUGGGCACCAAGGAGCCGUACUUCACGGUGCUCUGCGGCAUGCUCGACCUGCUGCCUCCGGACCCCAGCCGCCUCCCAGCCAGGAACAACGAUAUCCUCGCCCAGAUGCAGACGCGCGUGGCGGGGCGAAAGGGAGAAGGAGCGGACGGGGGUCGGCUGAACGGCGGCAGCAGCAGCGGCGGUGAUGAGAGCAGUGGCAAGCUGGGCGGAGGAGGGAGCGGGGGUGGCUUUUUGUCGAGCUCCGGUCGAAGGUCGAGCCGGUCUUCGCUCUCCGGCGGCGGCGGCGGCGGCGGCGACGACAACAACGGCAACGGCAGCAGGCCGACAUCGCUUAGAAAACCCUCGCCGUCGAUGGCGCGAAGUGGGAGCAGCGUAGGCGGCGGUGUUCCCGGGGCAAACGGAAACUAGGUCGCGUGCACCAAUCACGACGCACGAACACACACACACACACACGAGAGCUUCUACUACGGAUAAGAGGAGCGAGCAAAAGACAAGAAAAAAAAGUGUCACGUGAGGGAGCAAGCGGGCUGGCUGUCGUAUGUAGCCGCGGUGGAAGCCGGACGGAGCAAGCAAGGCUUAGAAGCAGGAGCGUCCACAACAGCGGCGGCGACAACGCGUCAAGCGCUUGAGCCUGCCUGGAGUGACGAAAGCACACGAGUGCUUUUUCUUCUCCUUCUUCUUCUUGCCUCCACGUCACCAGACGCGUCUGUCUCUUGUCGUUUUUCUGUGUAUCCGCCGUCACAAAUUUCUCCACUGCGACUUCCAUCGGCCUCCCUGCUGAUGCACCAUCGUCGUCGUGUUGGCAUGAGAAUUGAAAUGAGACUUGACGAUGCGAUGGGGUUUACUGCGUGUUCCGUUCGCUCCCCAUCACGAGAUCGCUGAUUCCUUCCCAUUAGGAAAGAGCUCUCGGAUUGGUGGCUGCUCUCUUUGUUCUGUAGGCACGUGUUUUUUUUUUUAUCCUUUUUUUAACUGCGAAUUUAGGGUUUAAUUUCGUUUCGUCCCUCACGCUUUGCUGGUGGGCAGUGACUGGCUUAUGGCGGAUUGAUGGGACGUUCUUGUCGCUAUCGAGGUGUUGGAUUUUACGAAGAGUCGAGCGCAUCAUUUUUUUUUAAGUAUUCCGAGUGCUUGUACGGGUUUGUCUGCGCUUGCGAAAGUUCAGCUCUCUCUCUCUCUCUCUCUCUCUCUCUCUCAGAUUGCCAACAAGCAUGGUCCAGGACCAAGGCGUGCUGAGUUUCGCGUGAUUUGUGUUGUUGUUGUUGCUGCUAUUGUUGUGGUCUGUUGCUGUUGCUGUUGCUGUUGCUGUUGCUGAUAUUUGAUAUUUUUUGUCUUUUUUUCGUUGUCUGUUGUUCUGUGUUUGUGGGUGUGACUUUUAGCAAUGUAUUGGUAGUUGGACUCCCGCGUACUGCGUUCGGCCCGCCCGUUCCUUUUUCUUUCUUUUUUCUUUUGCGGUUACGUUUUUCUUCUUGAUCGGCGCUGCCGCGAGCACUGCAGCAAUAAAGAUAAUGUACCAUUCCAAUUGCGAUUGUUGUUCAUUUGCAGCACCAUCGAGAUGGUGUGGGCGGCAUCGAUUCGUUCAUCUGCGAGCGGUACCCGGGACGGGGUGUGGUGGUGGGUAGCUGGUUAUUUUUUUCCUCGUGGCAGUCAAGAUUGUUACUUGACUUGGUGCUAAGCUACCGGUCUGGAUAAGAGAGAAAGGGGGAGAGACAGAGAUAGGGAGAGCGGCAAUAUGGCGGCGGAAUCAAAGAGGAUUAUAGAGGCAAAAAUAUGAGUUUUUUUCGCGAGAUGUACUGUAGUCUAGUGUAGUUACAUCACAACCAACGAAUGUGCAGGAAGGACUCGUUCACGUCAACGAUCGGUUGGGGUCGGCCAGCAAGUGCAGGCGGGAAUAAAUUUUGUUUGCUCGCAUACAGUUGGUUGCGGAGAGAAGGUUUUCCUGAUGAUGUUACGGUGAAUCAACCGGAAACUGCUGUGUGCCCGUGCUGUGUCUUAUCGUCGGGCUAAAAGAUGACAAGAAUGAUGUGCCUACUUAGUUUAUCC